AUGGUUCAUUUUAGGGCUUUUUACUCGAUCGGAAACAUUCCCAACCUGAUUGCUGAGGCUCUUAAAAGCAAAGGUAGUGUGAACUGCGAAACUGGGAAGCACCUCAACGGUCUCCGUCUCAGUCAGCAGUGUGAUAUCGACGACAGAGCGGAGAUCUUGCUGCAUACCUCACAGAGCCCUACCAGCUGCACCAGUCAGUCUUCAGUUUCCUUCGGCCAACGGGACCAGCAAACCCGUGAUGCCACUAGCCCGUUGUAUUUGAUUCCACCCACGAACCCCCCAGAACUAGAUCGGUCGCCCACCGUUUCUUCGGAUUUGAAUCUGAUGAGCGCUUCACCACCAGAGCUUUGUUCCAGUCCACCUAUUUUUGAGCCACCACCUUUACCCCAUACUCUCAACGCUCCUCCUUUACUUAUGGCUAGUCAACCGCUGGUUGGUCGACAGCCUUUGUCCUCCGGGAUCCAUCCAUCACCGAUGACAACAAUAGCCGCUGUCGGUGCAACUAACCAUGCAGGAACAGUAACAGGACCGGUGCCAUCCACUUUUCCUUCCCCAGGCUCUGCUUUCACCGAACUGCAUCCACGCAACGGUUCCAUAUCUCAUCCUCGAGGUUUUCCCUUUCCAUCUGUUUCCGGGGACGGGAAUUCUCCCCGGACUGUUGUGCAAUCGAAGUCGAGUCCGGGCAAAACAACCGCACCUCCGGCGAACACAUCAUCCGGUGGAAGUAGCCAUUCAAGUAGUCGUUCCAGUGCACCGAGCCCGAUUCAAUACGACGCAUUAAGUUCAUCAGUAUCUAGUGCUCGAUCAUUCACAUGCGCCGUGGUUUAUUGUCGCAUCUGUGGCCAGUCACAUGAUCCAACGACUCCUCAUCGAUAUAACUAUACCCAAGCGGUUGAUGCGGAUUUGUGCUGUUCUUUGUGCCAUCAACCGUUGGUUGAACCUCUCGAUACCAAAUGCGGUCACACGUUCUGUACCCCGUGUUUAAAAAAUCAUCUGGCCGUCCAAGCACUUUGCCCUGUGGAUCGACAGAUUAUCAACUAUUUGGAAUGCCAACAAGCUUCGAAUAUUGUCAAGCGAUUGUUGGAUAAACUAUUGGUCAGCUGUCCUCACACGAGGUUUUGUGAUACUGUGCUCUAUCGAGCCAGUUUGGAAGAGCACGUACGAGACUGGUGUCCGGGUACUCUUGUGCCUUGCGAGAAUGCCCCACAUGGAUGCUCCUAUGAAGGCCCCCGAGUUACCCACACUCAGCAUCGUUGGCGCUGUCCUUUUCAAACCGGCCUGGCUACUCUGUUUCAACCAAUUAAUGCAAUCCGAUCCACAGUUGGCCCGUGUUGUCGAGACAUUCCAACGUCCUAUCAUUCUGGUCGUGCUCUGGCGAACAGCUAUCCGGGCACACCGAAUCGGUUCGCUCCAAGCAUGUCCCGAGCCGCCGGGUCGGCGAGUACGGUCCCCGGCGCAACUCAGUGCCCAACGUUUUUCUCCCCACUCCCUCAACCCCUAUCGGAUCGUUUGAGACCGUCAGCGUUUAAACCAAAGUUACCAGAGAUAGAAGAAACAUAUGAUUGUCCCACGAUUUACGAAGGCACUCCGGUUUCGGUAGUUAUUCGGCGCUCGGCCAACUGUUGUGAUCUGGGUUUCACGUUUGUAGGCGGCUCUGAUACGCCACUGUCUUGCAUUCUAAUCCAAGAAAUCUAUCUGGAUGGUUCAGUCGCCCUGGACGGUCGAUUAAGGCCCGGAGAUCAGAUACUGGAGGUGAAUGGACAGCUAGUUAUUGAGGCUACGCACUCGGAGGCGCGUCGGUUACUCACAUACCCAACCCCGCUUGUACAACUCACGGUUUACCGAGAGACUGUUGAAGCCAGUGCCCGACGCAAUGCUCUUUCGCAUACUCAUGAAGAAGUUUUCCAUGUGAAGCUAUGCAAACGUCAGGGAAAAGUGUUGGGUAUCAAACUUGUUGGAAAGAAGUGA